AUGAAUCAAAUAAUGCUUUUAUUCAUGUGUUGUAGUUACAAAAUAAAUGAAUUUAUACAACAUUUCACUAAAGUGCCUACGCACCCCAACAACUUCAUGGGGGCAUGGGCCGCCCAAAUCCAAUGGAACGAGACCGAGGUUCAAUUAAAAGUUGAUACCACAUUCCUCCUUUUACUUAAUCAUAAAGAUAAAAUAUUCUCAUGUGUAAGCAAAAGAGAAGGAACAGCAAUCAAUUUAGAAAAUUUUCCUGAGCAACCAAAAUACAAAAUUCAUCUUACCUGA